GCGAGGUUGUGGCGCUGGAGAGGAAGGAAGAGUUGGGAGGUCAGCGUGACGGAAUCGGAGGUGCCUCCCCGCACCGCCGCAUCCGCCGCCAGUGACCCGACGAACUCUGCGCACGGCGUGGCUGCAGCAGCUGGCGGCGUGUCGAAGGAGCCGUCAGGGGCCGCCGGCACUGGCCCCGCGACGACCGACGCGGCUGGGAGUUCUGCGGGGGAUGCGUCGGUGCCGCGCGGUGGUCCGGUGCCGGGCCUCAACAACGCCUCCGCCACACUCGCAAGGGAGGCUGCGGGCACAGUGCAGAGGGAGGCUGGCGGCGGCGACGGCACUGCGCGUGGGCGUGUGUCUGUGAUGCUCUCGCUGCUUCUGCUGGGGCUGUGGGGCCUCUCCGCGCUGUGCUGA